UCCAGCGCAUGUGAUAACAGUUUUGAUAAGAUGAGAGCACUGAGUGUCUCGAGAAGAUUAACGCUGUCGAUUGUUGUGCUUUUGUAUCAAGGAAGUCGUCCUACAGCAAAAAAUGAAGAAGCGUGCAAGUUAUAUUAUAAUGUUUAUGUGCCUUCGAAUGAUCUCCGAUGCCAGGACAAUACUUUGGAUAAUGAUUUAUCCGUCAUUGAGCGAUACAGACCUACGAAGGAAUCUUGCACAUCAAAUUUCGAUUUGACAGAUGUCCUGGUAUUUACUGUCGCAUCCAACGAGACGGAUGGCUUUCAAAGAUACCUGAGAUCAGUUGAAGUCUACAAAUUUCGCGAUAAAUUGAGGAUUCUCGGGUUGGGUGAGCCUUGGCGAGGCGGUAAUGUUAUGACUUAUGCCGGCGGUGGAUACAAAAUCAAUCUUCUGAAAAAGGCUUUAGAGGAUUAUCAGAAUGAUGAAAAGAAGAUCGUCUUGUUCACUGAUAGUUACGAUGUGAUAUUUCUCGGCGGUUUAUCUGCCAUCGUCGAACGGUUCCUGGAUACCGAUGCUCGAGUCUUAUUCUCUGCGGAAGUGUAUUGUUGGCCAGAUAGAUCCUUGGCGAUUCAUUAUCCAACCGUAUCUGGAGGCAAACGAUACUUGAACUCUGGGGGUUUCAUCGGAUACGCGUCCGAUGUGUACGAGAUCCUGGACAAGGCGGACAUCAAGGAUGAAGACGACGAUCAGUUAUUUUACACAACCGUCUAUCUACAGGAUGAGCUUAGGACGCGACAUAAGAUCAAGCUGGAUCACAAAUCCGAGAUAUUCCAGAAUCUCUUCGGUGCGGUAGCCGAUGUGGAGCUCAGAUUUAAAGGAGAAGAAGCUUAUGUUCAAAACAUCGUUUACAACACGGUGCCUUUAAUACUCCAUGGCAAUGGAUUCAGCAAGCUGGUCUUAAAUUCCUUGGGCAAUUAUCUGGCUCGUGCUUGGACGGCAAAUGAGGGAUGUUUGGCCUGCUGGGACCGAACCAUCGAGCUCGACAAAACUAAGCCGGAAACAUAUCCGAUUAUUUUAAUAGCCAUUUUUAUCGAACAGCCUACACCGUUUUUGGAAGAAUUCUUUCAAGCUAUCCAUCGUCAAGCCUACCCAAAGUCAAGACUACAUUUGUUUAUUCACAACAAUGUGCCUUAUCACGAGAGCGUGAUCUAUAACUUCUUCGAGAAGACCAGUCGCGAGUACUUGAGCGGGAAACAAAUAUUACCGAGCGAUGAAAUCAGCGAAGUUGAUGCGAGAAAAUUAGCAUUGGAGCAUUGCUUGUUGAAGGAGUGUUCCGGAUAUCUGUCAGUUGACGCGGUCGCGCACUUGGACAAUGAACACACAUUGAAAUUACUGGUGGAGCAACAGAGAGGAAUUGUCGCACCCUUACUCAUUCGACCGUACAAAGCAUGGAGUAACUUUUGGGGCGCCAUAACGGAUGAUGGAUUUUACGCGCGAAGUUUCGACUACAUGGAGAUAAUAAAGAACGAACGCAGGGGACUGUGGAACGUGCCGUUCGUCAGUAACUGCUACUUGAUCAACGCGACCAUUAUAGCAAACAAGGCGACCCGGCCGUCCUACGAGGAUGCCGAGCUGGACACGGAAAUGGCUUUUGCUCGGACCAACCGACAGAGAGGCCUCUUCAUGUACCUCAACAAUAGGCUCGACUUUGGUCAUCUCGUCAAUCCUGAUAGCUACGACAUCCGACUUACCUAUCCGGACAUGUACCAGAUUAUGGACAACAAGCUGGAUUGGGAGAAGAGAUACAUUCAUCCGAAUUACAGCGAGAAUUUUAAUCCCGAUAAAAAACCGAUACAGCCGUGUCCCGAUGUCUAUUGGUUCCCCAUCGCUACUCUUAGGUUCACCAGCGAACUUAUUGGGAUCGUCGAGACUUUUGGGCAAUGGUCCGAUGGCUCUAAUCACGAUCCACGGUUGACGGGUGGUUACGAAAAUGUGCCGACCCGUGAUAUUCACAUGAAUCAAAUUCAAUACGAACAACAGUGGUUAUACUUUUUGAAAGAAUACGUUAGACCAUUGCAAGAGCGCGUCUUCACCGGCUACUAUCAUGACCCACCGCGAUCGCUUAUGAAUUUCGUCGUAAGAUACCGCCCGGACGAGCAGCCAUUCUUGCGGCCACAUCACGACUCCUCGACCUAUACCAUCAACAUCGCCUUGAAUCAGGCGGGUGUGGAUUACGAGGGAGGUGGAUGCAAAUUCAUCCGAUACAACUGCUCCGUCACCGACACGAAGCCAGGCUGGAUGCUGAUGCAUCCCGGAAGAUUGACGCACUAUCAUGAAGGAUUGCGAGUAACCGCGGGCACGCGUUACAUUAUGAUCUCCUUCGUGGAUCCGUAAUGGGACUUAUCGUAACGCAUCAAUCUCAAAUUAUUCGACUGCCAAUGUAUUAAAAAUACAAGUUAGAAUAUAAAAAGAGAGGGAAAAUAGAGAGCGUGAAUUAUGAGACAUAUAAUUCUAUAUAAAUGAUGCUCAUUGUUGUCAGCUAGAAACGUCAAUUGCUACUGAUGGACUGAAUAGUGCAUUUAACAGAAAUGAAAACUGCUUGAUCAAUGUAUUAUUUUUGUACUUCAAUGUAAAAAAUGUACGUUUGAACGUGUUUUUAGCAUAUAGUUAACAAUCGCAAAUUUAUAAGAAAAAUAAAAAUUAUAUAUUAUACAUAUUUUACUAUAAUGUAUCAUAUACAUAUACAUAU